CUUGAAACAGGUCCUAUAAUUAAUAUGGAUUACAGUAACUGGUAUGACUGGAACAUGACUCCCUCAGAAUCCAACAAUGAUGAUGCACACCUGAACUUGAGAGAGUUAUCCAAGUAUCCGCUACCACUCGGGUUAAAACUCACAUUGACACCUGAGAUGCUUCCUUACACGGAACAAAAUACGAAUGCUGUUACUGAAACUUCAUGUCAACUUGAAACCAAGAAAGCUGAGAAGUUGAAAGCUGUUCAUUUUCCAAUAUACAUGCUCAUGAUCGGAUUUUUCAAGAUUGAAGCUAAAUAUCCCGCGGAUCUGGUAGCUAAGUUUUAUUAUGCUAAACGAAAACUUGUUUGGGAGAUAAUGCGUGAUGGUUUAAAGGACAAGAUUGAAAUACAGUGGCGAAAUAUUUCAGCCAUUCAAGCUAUUAUCGAGGAUAAUUCACCCGGUAUUCUAGAAAUCGAGCUUGACAAAGAACCAUCCUUCUUUCGAGAGAUUGAACCAAAGCCAGGAAAGCAUACUGUGUGGACCUUAUCUCAUGACUUCACUCGUGGCCAAGCUUCUAAAUACCGGAGGCACUAUCUUCAAUUCCCUCCUGGAGUUCUUGACCAAUACUACGCAAAGCUCUUGCAAUGUGAUAACCGAUUGUUCGAAUUGAGCCAGAGACCUUUUCCUACUUCGCAUUCUAUUUAUUUUGAUUCACAUUUAGACAAGAGGACAACACAGCUUAGUUUCUGUCGCGAUGAUUCAGAAAACAUGGACCAACAAGUUCAAAUGUUUGGCUAUAUGCCUCAAAUUACUAAUUAUAACAACCCAACUUCAUCAACUUCAGGUAACAACAAUUUCAAUAAACUUUAUUUAAAAAAAUAAUAAUAAUGCAUGUGUGCUCAUCACAACAUUUUAAGUAGAGUUAAUAACCUUAAAAAACAUAUAUAUGCUACA